AAAUUCAGAAUAGUUCGGCUCAUAUAUUCCACAAAAAAUAUCAAAUAUUAAAUACUUUCGCGAAGAAAAAAAUCAACUAAAAAAAAUUAUACAAAUCUAUACAUGAGUUUAUAUUCAACAUCCGUGUCCAUGAUGCUUCAAGCUUCGUGCUUUGAGCAGCAGGGAACCACGUAGCGCGUUGCCAGCCACUCUCAAGCGGCAGUAGUUUUCAGUGCGCAAAAUACAAGCGAAUUUCAGAUAAAGCAAGGAGAACAGAACGCAAGAAGAAAGCAGGCAACAGCAUAAAGUAAAGUAAAGUAAAGCAAAACGAAGACUUCCAAUUCCAUUUUCAAAAGGAGAGCCACAGGCACCAGCGCCAUCACCAGAACCAGAGUGUUUCUCUUUCUGCCUUUGUGUUGGCCAGCUCUCAAACAAACACACAUACAUAUAUACAUAUGUAGUUGUAUAUGUAAAUGUAGAUGCCUGCAUGCAUAUGGCAUAACAUAGGCAGAGAAAGAUAUUCAUUAGCUGAAUAUUUUCGAAUCCUUCUGUGCAAGUGAAGUGCAACCGAAACAAAUCUCUCCUAUUACUACAUAGUACGACAUAUAUCUUGCAGUUUUAGAGAUAUUGGAAAUAUUUGAGAAAAAGUAACGCAAACAGUGACAUGUUGUGAGAGUGGAGUGAAAUAUCUUCAGCAUUUACAGCUGGUACCAGCUACAGCCCACAGAGUUUAAACACAAAGAGGAGCAGAAAGCAGGAGACCACCAGACCACACCGGAACGAAACGGAAAGGGAAAGGGAAAGAAGGAGAAACCCGAGAAGAGCCAAGCCGAGCAGAGCUGAGGGCAGGCACAGGAAGCCAGCUGCAAAAGUGCAACAGCUGCACAAAGCCAUACACCCCCGACACCCCUAAGGCUGUACAACUCCGCACUCGAAGAACUCAGUCGCCUGUUCCCAGACCCCAGUCCCAGUCCCGUGCCCAGUCCUAGGCCAGGCCCAAGGGAGACCGAGCAAACGGCUUUGGAAGAAUGUUUAGUGCAAGACACAUACGGCAGCUUCAAGUGGCAACUGUGGCAGCAGCAGCAGCACCAGCAGCAGCAGCAGCAAGCACAACCGGAUAAUAGUCCUUCGGCAAUUGUAGUCCGUUCGCCGAUGGUUGCUGGUAGUGCAGUAGUGCAGAUGUAGCAGAGAGCAACAGUCGAGUCGCCAGCAUUCAGAGGAAUACCAAAACCAAAUCCGCCAAAUCCCAGCAACCGCAACUUAAACCGGAGACAUAGACCGUAAGCUGCAAUCGCUAAGCCGUAAGCCGUGAGCCGCAGACGUAAUCAGAGCCAACUGCUAGCCGGAGCCCCAAAGCCAUUUGCAGUGACGUCACAGCGUCAAUUAGGACACCGCAUCGCGCGAAUUGCGCAUCCGCUUCCGGCCCUGCCGCGCAUCCGCGUCAUGGCCGCCUCCCUUCAGCACAGCCUCCCCUAUGCGCUGGCCGCGGCGCUGCUGAUACUUUCGCUGCACCUGAACGGCGUCUGCGGCGUCAUCGAUCGCCUGGUGGUGCAGACAUCGUCGGGUCCGGUGCGCGGCCGCUCGGUGACGGUGCAGGGGCGCGAGGUGCACGUCUAUACGGGCAUCCCCUACGCCAAGCCGCCAGUCGAGGACCUGCGCUUUCGCAAACCGGUACCGGCGGAGCCCUGGCACGGCGUCCUAGACGCCACUCGUCUAUCUGCGACCUGCGUCCAAGAGCGCUACGAAUACUUUCCGGGCUUCUCCGGCGAGGAGAUCUGGAACCCCAACACAAAUGUAUCCGAGGAUUGCCUGUACAUCAACGUUUGGGCGCCGGCCAAGGCGCGUCUACGCCACGGAAGAGGCGCCAAUGGUGCCGAGCACUCGGGCGCCAAGCCGGUGGACACGGACCACCUCAUCCACAAUGGCAACCCCCAGAACACGACCAAUGGAUUGCCCAUUCUGAUCUGGAUCUACGGCGGCGGGUUCAUGACCGGCUCGGCCACCCUGGAGAUAUACAAUGCGGAUAUCAUGGCGGCCGUGGGGAAUGUGAUAGUGGCGUCCUUCCAGUAUCGAGUGGGGGCCUUUGGGUUUCUGCAUCUGGCGCCAGAAAUGCCGGCAGACUUUGCCGAGGAGGCACCCGGCAAUGUGGGGCUCUGGGACCAGGCGCUGGCCAUCCGCUGGCUGAAGGACAAUGCGCACGCCUUUGGCGGCAAUCCCGAAUGGAUGACCCUGUUCGGUGAGUCGGCGGGCUCCAGUUCGGUGAACGCCCAACUGAUGUCGCCCGUGACGCGGGGCGUGGUCAAGCGGGGCAUGAUGCAGUCGGGCACCAUGAACGCGCCCUGGAGCCACAUGACCUCCGAGAAGGCCGUGGAGAUCGGCAAGGCGCUGAUCAACGACUGCAACUGCAAUGCCUCCAUGCUGAAGACCAAUCCCGCUCACGUGAUGAGCUGCAUGCGUGGCGUGGACGCCAAGACAAUUUCGGUGCAGCAAUGGAACUCGUACUCCGGCAUCCUCAGCUUCCCAUCGGCUCCAACCAUAGACGGGGCCUUCCUGCCCGCUGAUCCCAUGACCCUGAUGAAGACGGCGGAUCUCAAGGACUAUGACAUACUAAUGGGAAAUGUCAGGGAUGAGGGUACCUACUUCUUGCUGUACGAUUUCAUCGAUUACUUCGAUAAGGACGAUGCCACCGCCCUGCCCCGCGACAAGUAUCUGGAGAUAAUGAACAACAUUUUCGGCAAGGCAACGCAGGCGGAGCGCGAGGCCAUCAUAUUCCAGUACACCAGCUGGGAGGGCAAUCCGGGCUAUCAGAACCAGAACCAAAUCGGACGCGCCGUGGGCGAUCACUUCUUCACCUGCCCCACCAACGCGUAUGCCCAGGCGCUAGCCGAGCGAGGCGCCUCCGUGCACUACUACUAUUUUACACAUCGCACAAGCACCUCGCUGUGGGGCGAGUGGAUGGGCGUGCUGCACGGCGACGAGAUUGAGUACUUCUUUGGCCAGCCGCUGAACAACUCUCUGCAGUAUCGACCUGUGGAGCGCGAAUUGGGCAAGCGUAUGCUCAGUGCGGUCAUCGAGUUUGCCAAGUCCGGCAACCCCGCACAAGAUGGCGAGGAGUGGCCCAACUUCUCCAAGGAGGAUCCCGUCUACUACAUAUUCAGCACGGAUGACAAGAUCGAGAAACUGGCACGCGGCCCCUUGGCGGCCCGCUGUUCCUUCUGGAACGACUACUUACCGAAAGUCAGGAGUUGGGCAGGUGCAGGUUGCGAUGGCGACUCGGGAAGUGCUUCCAUAUAUCCCAGGCUGCAGCUCCUGUUGCUGGCUGGACUGCUCUUCAUUGGUGCCGCCUUGAGAACCAAAGGAGUUUUCUAAAAGAAAACCACUUCGGGCAGUACCCACACAAAUACACACACACAAAAUCACAGCCACACACACACACACACACACACAACACACAAAACCAACUCACACUUAAAAUUAAAACACAUAUAUUAAUAAAAAAUGUAGCAAGCGGAAAGAAAAAGCCCGAAAAUGUUUAUGUAAAAGUAGCACCCGGAAACGCAGCAGAUUGUGCAGCAGAUUUGAUAAAACGGAACCUAGUAGAAUCGGCUAGAGCCGAUCCAUGGAUUGAUUACAUGGCAAUUGCCAUUGCUGAACAUUUGUAAAUUGAAAAAAAAAAUUAGAGCGCUCUCUGCACCCCCCAGAAGAAGCCAGCUUAAUUUUGCAUAUCACACGAGCGUCUGCCGACUGCGGCAGAGAGGCCCGUGGAGAGGCCGGGCCCAACCAAAUUGUUUUUGUGUAGUAGGACGCUAAAUUGCUUGAUUUGUAGGAACCUGGCCCAGAGACGACGCGCACGCACCGAGCCAGUCUCCAGUCUCCAAAACAGAACUUUUGAUAAUUGAAAAUGUUUGUCCUGCCCCUGUGCUGGGGGCAGCCUGAAUAUGUUUACAUAGACCGAAUGGACUUGACUUCCAUUUCCAUUCGCUUGUUCGACAAACAAAACCAAGACACUUUUUGCCAGAGGGCGUGCGAGCCACAGUCACGCCCACACCCCAUCUUGAGCGCAUUUAAUGGCACAAUUUUUUGCUUUCAGUUCGGAGGAGUCCUUGUCGCCUAACGAUAUUUGGCCAAAAUUGCAUUGGUUUCAUAUUAGGUUGAGGGGUGUCACUUGAUUUCGAUUUGCUUUCCCAGGGAAACCACAAAAAUUUGUAAGCACCCAAGAUUCUUAUGAGAACAACCAAGUGGAAAUUUUUGGAAAAAGAAAAAAACCAAACUAAACACACACACACACAGACACAUUUGUAUUGUACAAACGAUUGGCGUUGGUUUAUCAGAAGAACAAAUGAAAAUGAAAUUAAUGGGUAGAUGAGAUAGAUGAGAUAAAUGAGACCCAACCCAAGUCCAGCACAACCCAAACAAAUUUUUUGCGAAAUUAACAAAAAACCAAGCAAAUUGAUAAAUUGUAAUAGAGGAUCGAUCACAAAGGAAGUUUAGCUUAGGACGGGAUAGAGGAAAUAUUUAUAUGGCAAAACAUAUCAGUAUAUUAUAUAUAUAUAUAUACAAAAACCAAAAACAAAAAAACAAAACAAAAUAUAUAUACACGGAAUAUUGUAUUUGUACUAAACGUUUUACAAAUUGGCUUAGUGACAACUGGUGGAGAGGAGAAAUUAAAAAACUAAAUAAAUAAAUAAUUGGAGCGAAGAGGAGAGUAAUGGUAAUUAGAUAUUUUAUACACUUAGUGAAAUUGGAUCAAUGAGUAAACAAAAACCAAAAACAAAAAAACCAAAAACAAAAAAUGUAUUGUAUAAUGAGAAACAGUGUACUUGGUAUGUCUAUAUCUAUAAAUAAAUAUUGUUCAAAAGUAAAUCAAGAAAGAUAAAAUGAUAGAUCAUUGUCAAAACCCUAGAGUUCAGUGUGUGUCGCAGACUAAUGAUAGCUAAUGAGCAAACCGUAAUCGUAAAUGUAAUAUGUAAUCGUAACCGUAAUCUGUAAUCUGUAAUCGUAUUAAAGGCAUAUCAAUAUGUA